AUCACCAAGGAAAGGCGGCUGAUUAGCUAUUUUCGAGGCUAGUGACUGUAAAAAAUACUGUGGAAAGUCAUGUAGCUAGUAGGUAGAUCUAUAUCUAACAGUACUGCAGUCAUGAGAACAAGAUCUGUUGCCAAGAUAGUUGCACCAUUUAUUUUAAUUAUAAUGAUAAUAUUAUAUUAUAUUCAGUUUUCUAACUUCAGGGGUACAACAUUAACACUCAGGAAGACAUGGAUGAAGAAUGACGACAAGUCCUCCUCUUCUGAACUAGUUCACCCUCCUACUAGGACUCCUAGUAGAACUGUCUUUGCUCAAAAAACCGUUGAAUCAAUAUCUAUUUCUAAAGACUCUGAUAAAUCUGCAUCGUCAUUUGUCACGGCCUCUACAGCUUCUGAGUCUCAGCAGUCAAGCAGUGUGCACGUUUCUCAAUCUGCCAUCUUUGAAGAAGACAGUUCUCCCCACCACAUUUUGACAAAUCAAGACACAGAGUAUCACAAACUCUCCAAUAUUGAAUCAUCUAGACUGAUUAAGACUCAGUGGACCUCACUCAUUGGCAGUGGAAAACAUGAACACCAUUUUUUCUCUGCUUAUUUCGAUGGACGAUCAUCUACACAAUUGCCCAGACCAGCUGUGAUUGUGAUGGGAUAUGUGGACAAAAAAGCAUUGGAACAACAUUUUUAUUGCUUGUUUAGAUACUUGAAUGCUUCAAGUACAUGUUCCACCAAGCCAGCCGUUCGUAGACAUGUGUCUGCAUGUUGGCAAGUGAAUCAUGUUGCAAUGCCUUUACACUACUUGUGUGAGGUGGAAAGUGAAGUACCUGUAACAGUGCGAUUGAGUACCUCACAGAAUUGCCAGUUGGAGAUGAGCUCAGCUGAAAUCCAAGUUGGGAACAGAGACGUUGAAGUGAGAGAAAGAGCUCCUAAAAAGUUUGGAAUAUGUAUUGGAGGUCCAUUGAUUCAAGAAGACAAACACUUUUUGGAGGAUGUUAUUGAAUUUGUUGAAAUGAGUAAAGUAAUGGGAGCUGAACUAAUUGUGUUUUAUGUGAAUGAGACUCAAGUGGAUAAGGAAGUGUUAGAAUAUCUGUGGAAACAUUAUCCAGACACUGUUAAGACAAUUGGUUGGAGAAAGUUUGAGAAAUGGGAACCCUUUCAUUAUUACGGACAACUGCUAAUAAUCAGUGAUUGUUUCUACAGGCUUAUGUAUGAAGUGGAGUACAUAGCUAUGAUCGAUUUGGAUGAGAUGAUUCUACCAGUACAGCAAAACAGUUGGACAGAUAUGGUUGACGCUUUCAAGAGCCCAGAAGAUGUAUCUGAAUUCAUAUUUCAAAAUAGUUUCUUUGUGUCUUCAGAAAAAACACAGCAAUUACAAAACUGUUCGAACAAACCUGUACCAAAAUACUUUGCAAGAACACAACGAAUCACAUGCUUCCCGGGCUAUACUUACAGGCCGAAGCUUAUGUCUCGACCAAGAUUCAUCUUUGAGCCUAGUGUGCAUUGGAGCUGUGCAAAGGUAGCUGGUCACAACAAAACCUAUAAUGUUCCUCCAGAACAGGGUAUACUAGGCCACUAUCGACCAGUUAUCCCAAAUGAUUGUCUACAUAAACCAAAGCGUUCUGACGAACUAGCCAAGAGAUUUGAAACUGAAGUAGUUAAGGCUAUUUGCACAUAGAGUACAAGAGAGUAUUGUGAGACGGAACCAAUUUUGAGACAGCUGAUUAAAACAGGAGUCUUUCAGCUGUUCUUUCUGCAAUUAAUUAAAGUAAUAGCACUACUUCUCUAGUAUUUUUCCAAAAGAAAUUUGAGUUGUAUGCUUGUGUUGACAGAUACCACAAAACAUUUUAAUUUACCAUGCAUGCUUAUGUGGGUGUGAAAUAAUUUAUGUAUCUGUUACCACAAGAAGUAACUGUUUUUAUACUGUCCUUCAAUAUAAGAUAUGCCAGA